GACUCCUGGGUUUCUUUGCUGGCUCUGGGCGGGGCUAAUCAGCGAAUUACACAUUCGCCAUGGUUGCUCUUUGCCCCCUGCUGGAGGCCUGGGGUUUAGAGCCAUAAAAAUUUCACCGCCUUUCCCAUCAGCCCUUGCAGCUCCCUUUAUAGCCCUGGGCAAGUGGCCCAGCUGGGAGGGGCACGGCCAAAGCAGGAAAGCCUCAUCCAGGCCUGGCUCAGGGAGGCCCAGCCCCGCAGGGGCAGACUGGACUCCACUGAAGCAAUGGAGGGCCCGGCCGCUGGGGGAGAUUUUGCUGCCCCCCCAGCCAACCCUACAGGGGGAGCCCCGGAACCGGGAUGCGAUGGGCCGGGGGUUACAGAGCCAGCCCCCAUGCUCAGCCCCGUCUGCCGCUUCUUCUUGGCGGGCAGUUGCCGCUUCGGCGCCCGCUGCCGGAACCCCCACCCCGGCUCCCCGCCUGCUGCCCCCCAGCCGCCCCCCGAGCCUCCCAGCAAGAAGCCCCCCAUGAAGACAGCCGGGGAUGUUGUCUCCCGCAUCCUCUGGGACCACCAGCUGCCGCCUGGCGCGUUCACCGUGGGCCACCUGGAUCGCUUCUCCGGUGUGCGGGAAGAUGCCUUCACGGCCUUCUCCUGGGAGGACCUGGCCUCGAUUGGGCCGGAGGUGCUGGCCAUACCCCAGCACAGGAUCCAGUACUUCAAAUACCGCAGCCGUGUAGUGUGGGACAAAGCCAGUCGGCUGGACGACGUCUUUGGCUCCACCGGGGGCGGCCGGACCAUCCUGGAGGUGAUGGAGGAAGAGGCCGGGCGCCAACAGGCCGUGGAAAUGGGGGAUGGUGGCUCAGCUGGAGGAUACCCGCCGGCCGGUGGAGCUGGGAUGCCAGAGGAGGCCAUAGCUCCGGAGGGCAAAGAGGAGGAUGAAGAUGACGAAGCUGAGCCAGGAGCCUUGAGCCGCCCCCCAGUGGCCUUGCGGCCCCCACGCCCCACCCAUUUCGUGGCCGUGCGCAUCACCAGCCCGGAGCUGCGGGGCUCAGUGGCCCGGCUCCAGGAGGCCCUGACCCGGGCCAACCCCGGCUUGGCCGAGUUCUGCUCCCCACUGCCCACCCUCCACCUCACCAUCUGCCUCCUCCGGCUGGACGGUGCUGGCGAGAUGCAGGCAGCCGUCACCGCCUUGCGGGAGCUGCAGGCCGAGCACCGGUGCUUCCUGCCGCCCGCCCCGCUCCUACGCUUCCAGGGUCUGGGCACCUUACAGGGCCGGGUGCUGUACGCCAUCCCUGCGCCAGGCCCGGAGCUGGCAGGGCUGGCCCACACCCUGGAGCAGGGAUUUGCCUGCAAGGGGCUGACUGUCAUCCCGCUCCCAGCCCAUGAUUGCUUCCAUCUCACUGUGGCCAAGAUCCCGGUGGGUGGGGAGCCGAGGCUGAGCCUGCCCGCAGAGCCCCCCGGGGAGGAGCUGGGGACCCAGGCAGUGGAAUCACUAUGUCUGUGCCAGGUGGGCAGGGGCAGACGGGCAGAUGGGUUUUACUUCACCCUCGUGGAGCUGGAUCUGUACUGAGGGGGUACCCCACGCCCCUCCCCAAAUCCGAACGGAAGAGCUGGGACUCCACUGACUCUUCUAUCCUGGGAUCCAAUCCACCCCCCCCACACCAAAUCUAAACUUUAGGGGAGGGCAGCUCUUCUCUCAGGUCCCCUCAUUAAGGUGAGAGCUAGGACUCCUGAGUUCUCCCCACUGCAGGGAGGGGAAUGGGGCCUAGUAGUUAUGGGGACGGGCAGGGCUGAGAGCCAGACUCCUGGGUUCCAUGUGGAGCUUUGGGAGGAGCAUAGGAUUGAGUGAUUAUAGUGGGAGUGUAGGGAGCCAGGACUCCUGGGUUCUAUCUGCAGCUCUGGGAGAGGAGCAGGGACAGCUGGGAGCCAGGACGCCUGGGUUCUAGCCCCAAGCUCUGCUCCCCAAUUCACCUUGCCCCCAUGCAUAUAAUUCCCUUCCCUGGCAUCUCCCCCCUUUCUUAAACCCCGAGUCAUUCACCCAGCCAGCAGCCUCUCAGGAAGGAGUUCCUAGCUGAGAUGCAGGGCCCGGCUCAUUGUACAACCUGCCUGGGGUGGACCUAGGGAGCUCCUGCCUCUGGUCCUUUAGUCCUUUGCCAGGUGCCUUGCCCCAUGGCAAAGGGUCCCACAACCCAGGCUCCGGCCAAGCAAGCUCAGCUGUGCAGGUGGAAGACAGACAGAGAGUCAAGCCCCGGUCUGUUCCCCUCAACCCUGGGGGUUUGCACGUGUUGUUGGGAAGAAUUUGAUGCUCUUAGAUCAUUUUGCCCCACAACACGGAUGUUUCUUUUUAAGCAAUUUUCUCUACAAUCAAUGGCAGUUUUCCCAGCUGCUUCCUCCCCUUUAUACCCAAACUGGUAACAGCCCGGGUCAACCCGUACCAAGGAAACACCCAUUCUCAAGCAGUUUUCUCUGUGCCUUUCUCUAAAUUCAAAUAGCUGGAGCUAGAAACGGUCUUUGGUCAGCGUGUGCAGAUGGUGAAAUUGGCAUCUACCGCUGCGUCCCAAUAAAAACAUCUAACCUGUUCCAGCCUCUUGCUACGGAUACGAACAGGCCGAUCUGCGGCCUUUGCUGAUGCUAACGAAGGACUAGACUAAUGGCUCUCGCUCAAGCAGGAAUUAAUUCACAGCAGGGGUAGGGGCUUGUCUUCUACAGUUCAGACUCAAUGAUGAUCAAAGAUGCGGAGAGUCCAGCGGGAUUCCCCAAACCAGCUUAGCACACUGAAGGUUAAACAAGCCCUGUCACUUUAUGUCACAUUAGGCAUCUGUCUGCAUCUUUCGGCAUCUAAAUCCCUUUGGAAAUCUGGCCAGGAGCGAUUUGCCCAAGGUCACAGGCACUAGGGCAAACGCCGGCAUCCCAAAUCCCACAUGGGAUCCCCCAAUCCAGCCUCAAAAAAAUAA